AAAAAUCGAAUUAUAUUUUACUUUUAGUGCUUAUGGAAAAGAAGAAACGGCUUGAUAGCUGUGUGUGAAAAUAAUGUUGAUGGCGAUGAAGAGCUACGUGUUAACUUACAGCUGAAGGUCAAGCAGAACCAUGGUGUGAAGUGUUUCUGACAAAAUCCCAGUGUAGUUGUGAACUGCUGCAAAAAUGCAGGUUGUAGACGUCAACGAUGUCAAGAUUUACAAUCUUAGCUCAGGUAAAACACUGCCAGACUGGAUUUCGGAGAGGAAGCGACGUUCCAUGGUGAAAAAUGAUGCUGGCUUGCAGAAGCGUAUCCAACUCCUUCAGGAGUUUGAGAUGCCUACAGCGUCAACGAAAGUACGCCUCUCUCCUGAUGGCCAAUACAUCCUGACAGCAGGUGUCUACAAGCCACGUGUGCGCUGCUAUGACGUGAAGGAACUGUCGCAGAAGUUUGAGCGCUGUAUGUCUUCAGAGGUGGUGCAGUUUGAAAUUCUCUCCGAAGACUACAGCAAGAUGGUGUUCCUGCAAUGUGAUCGUUAUGUGGAGUUUCAUACUAGGAAUGGCUUUCACUACCGCACACGGAUUCCCAAGUUUGGCCGUGACUUGGCCUACCAUCCAUCCACAUGUGAUCUGUUCUUGGCUGGAGCAGGCAAGGAGGUGUAUCGUCUGAAUCUUGAACAAGGACAGUUCCUGGCACCUUAUGUCACUGACGCAGCUGGUAUCAACGUUUGCCAGAUCAACAAGCACUUGGAUGUGGUCACACUGGGCACAUCAGAAGGCCGUGUGCUGUGCUGGGACCCGCGCUGCAGAAAGUCCGUUGCUACGCUUGACCUAGCAAAGAUUCCACUGAUUGCUGAGUAUGCACCACCCACGUUAUCGCCAUUGGAGGUCAGUUGUAUCACAUUCAAAGAUGAAAAUCACAUGGCCAUUGGCACCAAUUGGGGACAGGUGUGCUUGUUUGACCUUCGUGCCAGUCAACCCUACCUGGUUAAGGAUCAUCAUCAAGACUUGCCAAUCAAACAGGUCGACUUCUUUCCCAGGGAAGAAUUUGUCCUUUCGUCGGACUCCAAGCACUUGAAGAUCUGGAACGAGAACACGGGAAAGUUGUUCUCGACUGUGGAGCCGGAAUCGCCCAUCAAUGACUUUGCUGUUUUCCCAGACAAAGGUUUGAUAUUGAUGGCAAAUGAGGCUACAAAGAAUCAGGUCUACUUCCUCCCGGCUCUCGGUCCAGCGCCCGUGUGGUGUUCGUUCCUCGACAGUUUAACUGAAGAACUGGAGGAGAGUCCGGAGCCUACUGUGUACGAUGACUACAAGUUCUUGACUAAAACAGAACUGGAGAACUAUGGCCUGGAUCAUCUUAUUGGCUCCAAUCUCGUCCGGCAGUCCCUUCAUGGUUUCUUUAUCGAUAUUCGCCUUUACCAAAAGGCAAAGAGUCUCAUGCAGCCCUUCUCCUACAAGGACUUCCACAAGAAGGAGAUCUCCAAGAAAAUGGAAACAGACCGGAGCAGUCGUUUGCAACUGCAGAAACUUCCCAAGGUCAACCGUGCUCUGGCGCAACGGCUGGCUGAUGAUGACACUGGUGAUAAGAAGAAAAAGAAGGCUGGUAAAGUGGACGACUUAUCAGAAGAUGCGCGUUUCACAUCCUUGUUCUCUGAUCCUAGCUUCCAGAUUGAUGAGCGGAGUGAGGAAUACAUGCGUAAUCAUCCUAUCGUCUCAAAGCAACAAGAGAAAGACCGGCGGAAACUGCAGCAGUUAGAAAGACUGGAGACUGGUGAAGGAGACGAAGCAAUGGACGGCAUUGAUGAUGAAGAGCUGGAGGGCCGGGCCAGUGAGGACGAGAGUUCUGACGAAGACGAAGAACAGAUUGUAAAUCGUCGCCAGCUGGAGAAGCUGCGUCAUCAGGAGUUGGCUGCUAAAAAACAAGAGCGCAAUCGCCGCCGUCAACUUGCCAAGGCUGAGCAGCAACGUCAAGAAAAGUUGCAAAGUGCUGGAGUAUCAUCUCGUGGACAAUCAACAAUGUCUGCAGCUGACAUUGCAAGAAAACAGAAAAUGAGUAGCUUUGGCUCUCGUCUGCGUGAUGUCCGUGAAGACGGUGAUGUGAUACGUAGCAGUCUGUCGGAUGGCGGACACGGCAGCAAGCAGAUAACAUUCGCCGUUAAGACUGCUGAAGAAAAGCUGCAGGAGGACAAGCUACGCGCUCACAAGAGAGAGCGCCGCGAACACGCCCGUCCCGCCAUUGGAGCCGCCCGGGGACGAGGUCGGGGUAGAGGGGGCCGUGGUGGCUUCCGCGGUGGCUUUCGUGGAGCCCCGAAGUGGAAGCGGAAAUAAGAACUGAAGACUCGAACGACGCUUGUUUUAUCAUUCCUAACUGAACAUAUCUUACCGGAAGUUGACCUCUCUGGGCGCACCCUCUAGUACUUUUGUACAUAGAGAACAUCUUCAUCUUCGUUUUCUCCGGUUAGGUGUUGUACACACAGUGAGAUAAGCAUUUGGAAAAUGCUGAUUUUUAAGUGCAA